GUUCAGUCUUGCGCUGUGAGCAAUGCGGGGAGGGAAAGAAAGGCCCGUCCAUGCACAGCAGCGCAGGGCAAUGCAGAUCUGGGGUCACAGCUCCAGCCAUAGCAGGGUCCCUGGGCGGCCUAAGGGGGACCAGGAAACUAAACUGGGUGUGAGCAGCCUCCGCCUGGUCUGCUUCUGGCAGAAAAAACGGGGAGAAUGGGAAAUGCUUGAACAGAGAUUUGAACGGUAUUGAGGGGCUAGCAGGGCAGAGAUCAAACCCCGCAGUGGGAAGUCAUCUGUAUUUCUACAAGCUGUUGUGUUGGGCAGGAGGCUCUGGGCACUGACAACAUGUUUCAGCUUGAGGAAGGGCAAAACCUGCAGGUCAGUGAAAUCCUGACCAAGUGUGUGGAAUUAGGGAUGCCACAAGGGAAGGAGAAAUGCAUGUUUUAGCAGGUGCCUGCAACCGCCUGACGAAAUCCUGGGGUUGAGGACAUGCAGCCAGACCUGGGACUGUGGGGAGCUGGCAGAGACUGAAUAACCUGUGGCAGUGAAGACUGGCAUCGCCCUGGUCCCCGUGCAGGCGCCCUGGGGUGACGCUGGCCCUGCCCCGGCUGGAGAGGAGAACCGCACGGUUCCUCUCAGGGGGCGCACCAGGCUCUCCGCAGGCGCAGGGUCAGGUCUGGAGCAGCCCUUGCCAUUGAAGAGCUUUGAAAUGAAACAUGAGAAAUUAGAUUCAAUGGAGGGGAGAGCUGGAUUGUUUUUUUUCCUUUUAUAUCUCCCCUCCUUGCCCAUCCCCUCCACCCCGGGAAAACUGAACACUUCCAGGACAGCCUGAGUUUUUAGGCUGAUAUGUCUCCUGCUCUGAGGUUUUAGGCAGUUCUCAGCCCCAAAUAACAGUCCUGACAGCUCUGAAAAGCUCUUGGCUGACAGCAGGUGCAGUGAGAAAUGCUGGGUGUGUUGAAUUGUUGUGUAGUGGCUUCAAACCCUUUUUCUGCUGUUUUCACUGGAGUUGUGCCGAGCUGCUGCUCCACGAAGCGUUACCAGAUCCCCCGCGAUCCCAGGGCUGGAUCUUGACCCUGGCUCCUCCCAGCUCAGCAUCACUGUAGUUAUUUCACAGGAAGGCAACGGCUCAGGGUGAGCCCAGCCCUGAGCUCAAGGAAGUGAAAGUAGCCCCGUGCCCUCCCGUCUCACAGCCAUGACCGCGGCGAGCGCUGUACAAAGCCUCCGGGACGAGGCGACCUGCUCCGUCUGCCUGGAGUUGUUCACGGACCCGGUGAUGAUCGUGGGCUGCGGGCACAACUUCUGCCGAGCCUGCAUCGCCCAGUGCUGGGAGGGGGCCGAGACGGACGUCACCUGCCCCCAGUGCAGACAGACCUUUGCCCAGAGGCUCCUGGGCCCAAACAGGCAGCUGGCGAAUGUAGUAGAAGUGGUCAAGGGCCUGAGCGUGGGGUCAGCGGAGGGAGCCGGGGGCAAGAUGGUGUGCGAGCAGCACGGGGAGGCUCUGAAGCUCUUCUGCGAGACAGACCAGGUCCUGAUGUGCGUGAUCUGCCGGGAGUCCCGGGCGCACCGAGCUCACCCCGCGGCUCUCAUCCAGGAGGCUGCGCAGCAGUGCAAGGAACAAAUUCAGACUCAGCUGCAGCUGCUAAGGGGGGAGAGGGAGAGGCUUGAAGCACUGCGAGGGAGUGAAAGCCAGAAACACCAGGAAUACCAGCAAAAGGCAGCAGCCGAGAGGCAGAAGGUUGUGGCUGCGUUUGAGCGACUGCGCCGGUUUCUGGAGGAACAAGAGCGACUCGUGCUGGCCGAGCUGGGAGAGGUGGAGAGCAGCAUUGAGAAGAGUCAGGGGGAGACUGUCACCCAACUCUCCGAGGAGAUUUCCCAUCUCACCAACCUGAUCAGGGAGCUGGAGGGGAAGUGCCAGCAGGCUGCCAGUGACCUCCUGCAGGACAUGAGGAGCACUCUGAGCAGGUGCAGGAAGGAGCAGUUCCAGCUGCCAGAGGGGAUUUGCCCAGAGCUGGAAACGAGACUCAGCAUCUUGUCUGGACAAACGCUAGCUCUACAGGAGACUUUGCGGAAGUUUCAAGAGAUUCUGCCGUCCACCUUGGAGAAGGGCAAAAGGGUACCAGAGGGAUCAUACACAAAGGCGACGGUGACUCUGGAUCCAGACACGGCAAAUCCCUGGCUCGUCCUGUCUGCGGAUCGGAGAAGAGUGAUAUGUGCAAACACAUGGCAGCCUGUGCCCGACAAUCCUGAGAGAUUUGAUGUGAUCCUGUGUGUGCUGGGCCGGGAGGGAUUCACCUCCGGGAGACACUGCUGGGAGGUGGAGGUGUGGCAGAGGGACUGGGCCGUGGGGGUCGCCAGAGAGUCUGUGAGGAGGAAGGGAGGGAUCAGAUUUAGCCCCGAAGACAGGAUCUGGGCGGUGCAGCGCUGUGGGGAUCAGGUUGAGGCUCUCACGGCCCCUGCUCGCACCCCCCUGUCCCUGCGCCGGGCGCCCAGGAGGGUGCGGGUCUGUCUGGACUGUGCGGGGGGGCAGGUGUUGUUUCUCGAUGCUGACACCGAGGCCCCGAUCUUCACCUUCCCGCCGGCCUCCUUCGCUGGGGACAGAAUCCGGCCCUGGUUCUCGCUCUGGGCGACGGGGCGUGAGCCCGAGCUGAGACUGUGCCAUUGAGUGAUGGGGAACAGCCGGGGAACGGACCCCCCACGCGGGGAAACGGGCCGCUCUGGCUUCCUAUUCUCUGUGACCCCGGAGGAGUCCCCUCUACCCGCCCCGUCCCCUCCUCUCUGCCCCGGGAGCUGCCCAAGUGAAAGAUGCCGUCUGCGCCGACAAGCCCGUCCCGUUGCACCGACCGAUCAGUCCCGGCACUCGGUGGCCCUGGGGGAGUCGAGCGCGGGCACCAGCACGGACCCUUGAGGACGCCGCCCCAGCGAUGACUCUGAAACCCGUGCUAAGCUUGGGCCUGCUCAGAAAAGUGAAAAUACAGAAUACGGAUGCUAACUGCAUGUUGCAAGAGGACGCGAGGUCAUGGCGAGGCCAUCUGAGAAGGGAUAAUGAAGUAUCUCCUCGGCUCAUCUUGCUCUAUUUAGGAUGAUUUCAGGAAGACUCCUAGCUAUCUGGUGUAACCAUAUGAAAUGUCUAUCCUUGAUUAGUUAGUAUGGUAAAUAUUUCUUUUGCGACUAACUCGUGUUUAUGUGUAGGAAGAGACAUUCGCCGUAUGUGAUAGAUGUCUCCUCCUGAUUCAGGGUGUUUUUCCUGACUGUUAAUCAGUUUCUUGAUAUGUUUCAAACCGGAUCACCUCUUGUUACCGAAGAAGGUAACUCAUUCGAAUUAGAAACUUCUGAUAACCAGUGAUGAGCAGGUUUUUCCCGUCAAUUCUUGCUUGGGACUCUCUUGAUUUGCACAACUAAAAGAUUGCUUUGAAGAUGCUAAACUAAGGGGAGAAAAAGGCAGUAAAACAGCAAACAGCGCGCGCUUCAAGAGUGAGAAAUCUCUCUGACACCAGUUGCUGAUGCGCCCGACUUACUCCAGAAGUUGAAGAGAAACAGACCGCUGCUUCGUUGCCUGUUUGGUGAGAAACCAUCACUUUAUGGCUAAUUGCUGGACUUUGCUUUGGCUUGGGCUCAGUUGACUUGAUUUUAAAUACUUGUAGUAAAUAAAGCCUUUCUGUCACUCAUCGAA